AUGCAACCACCAGCCUCCUCGGGCUCCCGCAUGCCUCUACCAGGACAAUCGAAUCCCUCCGUACGUGCUCCUCCUUCCUCAUCAACCACCGCUCACGCUGGCCUUCCCUCGCCAUUUGACUACCCACCGAUGCACAAUAUGGUUCACGGUUUUCAAAGCCCUCAGCAACCACCACUUAAAGAGGUAGCUUCACCAGCAGCCACCUUGCCCUCUGCCUACGACAUGGCCGCAGUUUUCAUUUCCGCCUCCUCCUCCGCUGCCGCCGCUGCUGCCGCUGCCUCUGCCGCUUCACUGCGCCCCUUCGGUCCGUCCGCUCAAAAGCGACCCGCUGCCAUCUCGCCACUAGCUCUAGGUUCCGGUGGAGGCGGAGGUGGAGGUAGUAGCCCUGUGAUCACAGGAGGCAGCGAGUGUGAUGCUACUACUGCCUCGCAGUCGGACGAUGCGGAGGUGGAUGGUGGGGCUGGCGGGGGCGGCGGUGGCAACGAAGCUGACGGCGUCUGGUCAACGGAGAUUGAGCAGUAUUUUCAGGAAGCGCUGGAACUUUAUCCGCCAUGUGGCAGGCGAAAAAUUAUUUUAGCAGAGGAGGGCAAGAUGUAUGGCCGAAAUGAGUUGAUUGCCCGCUACAUUCAGCAACGAACAGGCAAGGUACGGACACGGAAACAGGUAUCGAGUCACAUCCAGGUGCUAGCGCGGCGAAAGUCGAAGGAAUUGCAAGCCAAAAUUCGUGAUCCUGAGAUCAAGAAGGAGACAAUUAACCAGUUGGCCAAGCUCUCUUCAGCCCAGAUCGUAUCACGAGACGUAGCAAAGGGCUUACAGUCCGAGGGGAACGUGAAAUUCCUCCCACAACAGCCCCUCCCUUCACCCACCUCAUCCUGCUCCUCCACCGCUGCUGCUGCCGCUGCAACCGUUGCCGCCUCCAAUCAACUCCAUCAUGCAUUCCAUGGCCAACAGCAGCACCACCAUCAACAUCAGCGCCAGCAAGUUCCCUAUCGGCAGGCACAUGCGACGAGGAAAUUGUCGAUUGGGGAAGGCGCGUCUCAGCGAAAGAUGAUGCGAUUAGCGGAUCCAGAAGUGUACGACACAACAGACAGUUUCCUUUCCCUCAACAACAGCCAAAAUCCUGCUGUGCAUGCGGCAAGAAGUGGAGAUCUAAAACUUUGUUCCUCCUCCAUCUCACAGCGUGUGGUCAUGUCUGGACCUCCACCGAAUGCAUUUCCCUCCGAUACCCACUACUCCAGCCUCUACAUCCGUUCGCACAACCCUAACCCGCACCACAAUCCUCACCUUGCACAACACACGACUCCGCUGCCACCGCUGCUCGAGAUGGGCAGCUGCGGCAGUGAUAGAUGCGUUCCCUCAGCAGCCCCACCACUACCUCAGCAUCCGCCACCUCCUCCACCUCCACCACCGCCUGAUUUCAGCGCCAUGCAACUUGCAGCAGCAGCUGGGUUGGAGCACUACUUUUCCAGUGGUCGAUCGUCUUCCAUUGAGACGUGCCUCUAUCCAAACGCCUUUCAACCACCACCACCACCACUACCUCCUCCGCCUCCUCCUCCACCACCGCCACCAUCUUCACAAUCGGUCGCACUGACCGCUGCUCCGCUUCCGGCGCCGCUGCCGCAGAUUCUUGAGUCCAAGCACUCGCUGUCCGAUUUUGACAUGCAGCGGUGGAUUAAUAGAUCUAUCGCCUCGGAUAAACUACGUCUCGUUGAACUCUGCGCUUUUGUCGAAUAUCCUUGUCAAAUCUCAGAAUGCGCUGCUGAAGAUCUGGCCACGGCUAAGGUAGUGAUUCAUAUGUGUACACCCAGUUCAAAUCCGGCUCUAUGUCAUGACUUGCGGCCUCUGUGGCAGUAUUCGCGAAGGGGGUUCACUUCCCUUGUAUUUCUUUCUCCCUCUUUCGCGGGAUGCCAACUCCCGGCAAGAUUGAUGGUACGCCCGGCUCCAUUCGCGGGCCGAGCGCGCACAGCUGACGAGGCUGCAGUGUGCUUGCACGGACUGAUGUGGUGGUUAUGUGAUGUGCACGGUUAUGCAUGCUCGCGUUCGAGAUCGGUGUGCGUCCGCGCCCAUAAGCUGCUUCCCGUGGGAAUGUUUCCCUCCGCCACCACCACCGCUGCCGCGCCUUCCGCGGGGCUCAGUAAACCACAGGCCCGUAAUUUUACCCUGAAUCCGGAGUCAGCACCCAUGAAGCAGCACAAUUUUGCGCAUAUAACGACAACCGGCCUGCAUUCAUCUGAUCCCAUACUGGAGGAGGUGGAUGCCAGCCAAAUUUGGGACAAAUUUCCCACCGAUGGACUCAAGCAGCGCAUUGAAGAGGACUCGCCUAACGUCUUUUUCCUUGUGAAACUUUGGGCCGACAUCAACACCGAACUUCCCGAGGGCGCUAAUUAUGCUGUCUCCUCUAUAUUCGAGGGAACGGAAGAUGUGCCUCUACUCGUAUCCACCCGACUUUGCUCCUACAGCUCUCCAUUUGUGGAAAAACUGGAGUACGAAAGCCCAGUGCUGGAAAAUGGCCGGUACGUGUACAAACAACUACGAAGCCCGAUGUGCGCAUGCAUGAAGAAGUUCAUUGCUAAGUUGCUCAAACUAUCGUCUCUUGCUGAAAUGAACCAAGUGCUUGAGAAUUUUACCAUUCUCCAAAUUGUGACGAAUAAGAAUACAGAUGAAGUGCUGCUGGGUAUUGCCUACGUCCUCGAGGUAUCGAAGUCCCUGCGAGGAGCGCAGCACAAUAUCUACCGCCUUGCCAAACCUGACAUCUCCACCAACCAGCGACCGCCCUCGGUGAACCUCAACGGCCAGCCACUCCCAGCCACCUCCACGGUUGAUUGA